AUGGCGACUUUACCGGUGACGCUCCCGGUCUGCCGGGAGUUCAGCUCAAGAGAGCGACUUGAGGCCCAUAUCGAGCUCAUGCGAAAGUUCAAAUGCAUUUUGAAUGAUGUAGAGUACCCAAGUAGGCACGCAGAUAGAUUCCCGCCCCCGCCGCCUGGCGUUUCAGGCCCGGAAGAAGAGGCGAGAUGGAGAGUGCAAUGCCUGCUGAUGAGCGCUGAGGUCCGGUACUCGAUGUACCUGCAAAGUUUAGAAAGGUGGAUUGCGUCUCAUGGGCUCCAAUCACCCAAGGAUGAGUGGCCACUCCCACCAUGGUGUGACAGUCUCGAUUUUUCGGACGUGGCCAUCAUAUUCUAUGCUCAUCUCCUCUCACCAUUCAACUUUCAGCAAGAAAUCGUAUCAAAUUUUCCAAAUCUGUGGAAAGCAGAGAUCGAAUUUCCUCUUGCAAGGAUGCGUUCAACCAAUACCGAUGAAGCUAGUAAACGUGCCUGGAUGAAGGAAUAUCCCGAUAUACUUUAUCAGGUUGUCGAGUUCACUCCUACUGGUGACCACGCAUACAUCACUACUGAAGAUGCCAUGGGCAUACACGGCUAUAAAUGUGGCCGGACGCAGUGCGCCACGAAGGCGACGGAGGGAGCGCAUGUCAUCCGAAUGACCGAAUGGCCCAAAUACCGUGUUGGCCGAGCCAUGAUCAUCUGUCCGUGUUGUCAUAUUGAGAUGUUCAUCGGCAGAACGGUCGAGGCUCCCGGAGUGCUCAAAUUCUCUCGUGCUGCAUUCGGGUUCCCCAUCUUCGACCUAUGGGACAGCCCUCAACGACAGUUUGGUAACCAAGCUUUUGUAGACCGGAUUUUGGCCUUGACCCAGGCUGAAGCCCCGUUGCCAGACCAUGUCUCCCGCUACCUGAAGUUCUUACAGCUCAUGAAAGAGAAUAAAUGUACGCUUGUUCCAACACUCGACAUCGAUCUCCUCUGGCACACCCACCAGCUCUCACCGGUCGCAUACGAGAAGUACUGCAAGAAGUACUUGGGCCGACGGAUCAAUCACGUCGAUACCAUCCGCGCGAUGAUGCGCUCCAUGGGGCAGGACGAUACGGCGCGCCUCUGGGCGACGCGGUACGGCGAGUCAUACUUUGACCCGGAAAAUACGGCCAAGUCUACCGAGAUCAAGCGAGGCAAAGCCACGUGGAAGGAGGCCAAACAAUCCGUCAAGCUGGCACUGCGGCUGCGUAAGCUGCGUUACUACCGCCAGCCUCACUGUCAGCUGCUGCGGGGGCGGGAAGAUACACGCCAGUCGCUGAUGGAGGAGCGUACCUACAAGUGGCACGAAGCGGAGACUCUCGAAGGUGAGGGCCGGGGUCUGUUGGGGGAGCAAGAGCGCCUCAACAAGAAAUGGGAGGAGGCAGAGAAGAGGAGGCGGCUGCUGGAGGAGCGACUCGCGGCCCAGGUGGCCUCGGCAACAGAAGCGAUCUGGCAGGGUAAUGCCGAUGGCACGGAUAAGCACAACGAUCAGCACCAGCAGCAGUACCAGGAGGACCGGUAUAACGGAUCGUGGUACUCGAUCGUGCCGUCAGAGGUGCAGUCCUAUGAGGAGGAGGAGGAGGAGGUGGUGGUGGAGGAGGAGGUGGAUGUGGUGCAGGAGCAACAUAUGACGCAGCAGGAGGAUGCGGCGGCGGCGGCGGCGGCGGCGGCGGAGGAUGUGGAGGAGGGUGUGGAGGUGGUGGUUAAGGCGUGA